GUGGACAUAAUGGCGCCGUCCUGUGGUGUAUUUUUGUGGACAAGGGCAAGCAAGCUUCACUGUCACUGUUUUCGCAUGUGAGAGUCGGACAUGGCGAGGUUUUUGAGGCCUAAUAUAAGGACUUUUGUCACCUCACAGCUGAGAAUGUCAUCCGACCAGCUGGGUGAGCUGGGUAAAGGUGCAGGUAAAGGUGGUGGUGGUGGAGGCUCUAUCAGAGAGGCAGGCGGAUCCAUGGGGAAGAAGCAGGCUGCUGAGGAGGAGAUGUACUUCAAGCGAAAGGAGAAGGAGCAGUUGACAGCACUAAAACAGCACCACGAGGAGGAAAUUGAUCAUCACAAAAAGGAGAUUGAACGUCUCCAGCGUGAGAUUGACCGCCACAAGGGAAAGAUCAGGAAGCUGAAACAUGACGACUGAGCGAAACCUUAAAAAGAAAAGUUUUUUCACUGUCCAAGGCGCCUUUAGUAAUCACUCCAGUUGCUGCAUGCACUGUUUCCUGCCAGUCAUGAAUGUUUGAGUGAUGGUACUUCUGUAAAUGUUCGAAAGGUAUUAAAAUCAAUCAAAAAUGACUACCGUUUCCAUGGCAUGCUCUGUAAGAUGUGGAACUUUUUCCCCUUUUUCCCCUGUUGUGUCGUUCACUGGUGUGCUGUACGUCACAGGCAGAAUGCCAAAGUAAAACAACCUAAGUACA